GGCAAGGCCAAGAAGACAAGAAAGUUUGCGGCGGUAAAGCGGUUGCUGAACCCGAACGAUAUCAGGCUGAAAGAGAACCAGCUGAAGCAAAAGAAGAAGGAGGAAGUGGAGAAAGAGAAGGCUGUCAGGCGGAUACCCCAGGUCGCUUCCUCGCUUUUCUUGCAACACAAUGACGCCCUUGUCCCUCCAUACCGUGUUCUCAUCGACACGAACUUUAUUAAUUUCAGCCUGCAAAACAAGCUGGAGUUGAUUAGUGGGAUGAUGGACUGCCUCUACGCUAAAUGCAUACCUUGCGUCACGGAUUGCGUGAUGGCCGAGCUGGAAAAGCUGGGACACAGAUAUCGAGUCGCUUUACGAGUCGCUCGAGACCCGCGCUUCGAACGUCUGACAUGUUCGCAUUCUGGCACGUAUGCCGACGACUGCCUCGUACAGCGAGUGACAUCGCACCGGUGCUACAUUGUCGCAACGUGUGAUCGGGAACUGCGUCGGCGGAUACGACAGAUCCCUGGUGUACCGCUCAUGUAUAUCGUGCGGAGGCGAUACGCGAUUGAGCGACUGCCUGAUCAGGGCGCGCCAGCAUGA